ACUCACCCUCUCCUCCCUCGCUGAUCCCCUCAACGCAUCCAAGUGCCUCUCCACGCAUGUAGUAAGAGACGGUCAAUUAUUUACCAUGAAUAUUUCAGAGAGGAAAUGAGAAAGCAGGGGAAGCCGAUGGGCCACUGCGUCUGCGUCUGCAUUUCCCUCUAGUUUUUGCUAUGCAGGGGAAGAAAUGCUGUUAAUCUCUCUGGGCACAUGCUUUCUCUCUCUGUCUCUCUCUCCCCCUCAAUCCCUCAAAGAAUUCCCUUUUCCAGUCCAAGGGGACCUUUCCUCCACGCUUAGGUUACCCAUUCCAAUCUUCGCUUCGAAUUGGUCUCUUCCUUGUAAUUUCGGUGGGAACCAUGAGAAUGGAAGAGAUGGCAGAAUUAAAGAAAAAAUCAAAUGCCGUCUUGCUUGUUAAUUGUUUUCUUUCUUCUUAAUGCUACGAGUAUAUUAAAAUCCCUCUUGUUUUUGUAUUCUUUCCUCUUCUUCGCCAUUUUUUCUUCUUGGUGUUUUUGUCCCUCUUUUUCAGGAAGGGUAGGACGUGGAGCCGAACUGGCAAGUAUUACAAGAUCUCCACAUUGUGAAAGUAGUAGUUUACAAAAGGGGGUUAACAGUUGGAAGCUAGCGGUGAUCGUCAGCGUCAUUGGAGGGAUACUCCUAUCAGCUUGUGCCUUCUGCCUGUAUCGGCUCCGACAACUUCGUUUAGAGGAGCAACGAUACAACGAAGCCUGUUUGAUUGCUCUCAACAACGGUCCAAGAGAAAAUGAGAAAGAUUUGCCACAGAUCAGCCUAAGAAUAAUUCAGUUGGCGACAGACAACUUUUCAGAAGAAAAUAAGCUUGGAGAAGGUGGAUUUGGUUCUGUUUUCAAGGGGCGGUUUCGCAAUGGACAGCUAGAAGUAGCUGUGAAGAGACUGUCGGCGAGUUCUGGACAAGGUCUGAAGGAGUUCAGAAAUGAAGUGAGAUUAAUUGCAAAGCUUCAACACAAGAACCUGGUCAGACUGAUCGGUUGCUGCUUGGAGAAAGGCGAGAAACUGCUCAUAUAUGAAUACAUGCCAAACACAAGCCUUGAUGCAUUUCUUAAGGAUCCAAUGAAGAGAUCAACAUUGGACUGGGAAAAACGGUACAACAUCAUCUUGGGAACUGCUCGAGGAGUUCUUUAUCUUCAUCAAGAUUCUCGGCUCUGUGUCAUCCAUCGGGAUCUUAAAGCUGGAAAUGUAUUGUUAGAUGAGAAUAUGAACCCUAAGAUUUCUGACUUCGGCAUGGCGAGGAUUUUUAGUGCAAGUCAGGGUCAAGCAAAUACCAAGGUCAUUGUCGGGACAUAUGGAUACAUGGCUCCGGAGUAUGCCAUGAGCGGUUUAUUUUCUGUCAAAUCCGACGUCUACAGCUUUGGUAUCCUCUUACUGGAAAUCAUCAGUGGCCAGUUGAACGCAAGAUUUCAUAUUCCAGGUCAAGCUAGUAGUCUGGUUGAGCAUGCGUGGAGCUUGUGGUGUGAAGACAAGGGUUCCGAAUUCGUUGACCCCGUAAUCAGAGGAAAUGGCUCAAUGCCUGAGAUGCUAAGGUGUAUGCAUAUUGGUUUGCUCUGCAUUCAGGAAGAUGCUACAAGUAGGCCAACCAUGUCACUAGUAGUUCUCAUGCUUGGAAGCAACGGUUUAUUCCUUCCUACACCCACACGCCCAGCAUUUUUCAAGAUUGAUGCAGAUUCAAGUGAACCAUGUUCUUCAUCAAAUGGGUUUACUGUUUCUCAAACAUUGCCCAAACGCUGCAAUCUGAAGGGGAGACUGACGCCUCCGUCGUUUCAUGCCUUUCAUGCUACGUGCUUUCUCCUCUUCCUCUUCUGCUUCCAACAACAGAAGAAAUUUAUCAUCACUCACAUUACGGCGAGAGGUGGCGCUGGAGCAAUGGGCAGAACAGCUUGCAGCUUCAUUUUCCUAAUUACCUUUCUCCUUCCAGUGGGUCUCGUCGACAUGGCCGAAUCACCCUUAUGGUUCUGCACCCACAGAGAAACCUACAAGGCGAACGGCACCUUUUACUACAACCUUCGCCGCGCGUUGGUCUCUCUGGCAGCCAACGCUUCUCUCACCGGAUUCUACAAUGUUACCGUCGGCAAAAGCCCCGACCAAGUCAAUGCGGCCGUUCAAUGUCGAGGUGACCUCGACGGCGAAGCUUGUCAGGUCUGUGUUUCUGAUGCUGCCACACAGAUCACUCAGCGCUGCCCCAACAGCAGAGGGGUUAUCUUUGCCUUCCAAACCUGCGUUAUGUACUACCGUGAUGCCAGCUUUACCAUACCCAAAUCAUUCAUGUAUUUUACUCUCCCGAGCACUGGAACCCUCCCCGACCCCCAAAGAUUCAGGCCCAUACUCAUUUCCUUCUUCAACAAUCUCAUUGUUUCCGCUACCACCAACCCUUCAGGGCGGUUGUUCUGGGGCGACAAGUUCUACUACACUAAAAACGUGACAGUUUACUGCCUCGCGCAAUGCGUGCAAUACUUACCACCUCAGGACUGUAAAUCUUGCUUAGACAUGGCCUUCAUCUUAAUGCUCAAGGAUAUUGCAGGCAGACAAGGUGGUGGAAUUUACUAUAGAUUGAAGUGCUCCGUAAGAUACGAGACGUACCCCUUCUUCAUUCCCUCAUCUCAUAACAUUGCCCCUAGCAGCCUCAGUUUCAUCUCAUCUAACUGCUCUCCACCAGUGUCGAGCGACAUCGUUGGCAGCCCUUUCCACAGAAAGCUCAAGGCUCUGCUCUCUUCUCUAACAGAGAAAGCACCUGUGUCUGGCUUCUACAGCGAUAGUGUAGGCCUGGGCUCCAGCCAAGUCUAUGGCCAAGUCUUGUGUAGAGGGGACGUCCCCGUGGAUGUUUGCUGGAACUGCACAGCCCAGGCUUCUACCAAAAUCCUAGAGGUGUGCGCCAACAGUAGAAGUGCAAUCAUAUGGCUCGACCACUGCCAGUUGCGCUACUCUGACGUGAACUUCGCCGGAGUGUUGGAUGUCCAUGACAGGGCAUGCCAACCAGCAGCGGAGAAUGCGUCAGAUCCCGCGAACUUCAAUCAGAAUUUGAGAAUCCUGACCUCCAACCUUACCUUGCUGGCGACGCAAAGUUCUCCCAAUCGCUUCUUUGCUACGGGGGCUUCUGUGCUUACUGAAUCAAAGAAGAUCUAUGCUUUAGUGCAGUGCGUGAGAGAUAUAACUGUGGACCAAUGUGGGUGGUGCUUGCAGAAUGCCAGCUCUGGUAUUGAAGGAUGUUCUAAUGGAAAGCAGGGUGGUCGCAUCUUGAGGGGAAGCUGCAGCCUGGCUUUUGGAGUGCAGCCAUUCUUUUUGGGCGAUCCAACUCUGGUCUUACUUCCGCCACCCAGUCAUGGGCAUAAGCCCCGGUUAUUGUUUGCUGUCAUCAGCAUCAUUGUGGGGGUGCUUUUCUUAGCAGCCUGCGCUUUGUUCUUAUGUCGGAGGAGAUACAGAAAUUUAGAGAAGCUAAGUUUUCAAGAAGCCUCUUCAACUGAUGCUGGUAUCAUGAGUCAUGAGAACGAGGCAGACUAUGAUUUACUACAGGUCAGCCUAAGGACAAUACAGCAUGCUACGGACAACUUUUCAGAUGAAAAUAAGCUCGGAGAAGGUGGAUAUGGCCCUGUUUACAAGGGGAAGCUUCCCAAUGGACAAGAAGUGGCUGUGAAGAGGCUCUCUGGAAACUCUGGGCAAGGUUUGAAGGAGUUCAGGAAUGAAGUUGAGUUGAUAGGAAAACUUCAACAUAUAAACCUGGUUAGGCUCAUCGGUUGUUGCUUGGAAAAGGGGGAAAAGCUACUUAUAUAUGAAUAUAUGCCUAAUAGAAGCCUUGAUGCCUUCCUUAAAGAUCAGGAAGGCCGUGCAUUGUUGGACUGGGAAAAGAGGUCCAACAUAAUCAUGGGAAUUGCAAAGGGAAUCCUUUAUCUUCAUCGAGAUUCUCGACUCAACAUCAUUCAUCGGGAUCUCAAAGCUGGCAACAUAUUGUUAGAUGAACAACUGAAUCCUAAGAUUUCUGACUUUGGAAUGGCAAGGAUUUUCAGUGGACUUCACAGCCAAGCAACUACCAGUGUUGUUGUUGGGACAUAUGGAUACAUGGCUCCAGAGUAUGCCAUGGGUGGUGCAUAUUCGUCCAAAUCUGAUGUUUAUAGUUUUGGUAUUCUGUUGUUGGAAAUCAUCAGCGGCCAACUGAAUGCAAGCUUUUAUGCUACUCAUCAAGCUCGAAACCUUGUUGGACAUGCGUGGAGCUUGUGGUGUGAAGAAAAUGGGACAGGGUUCAUCGAUCCAGCCAUCAAAGGUGCUACUUCAACUAGUGAAAUGCUAAGAUGUAUGCACGUUGGUUUGCUCUGCAUCCAGGAAGAUGCUGCAACUAGGCCAACCAUGUCAACAGUGGUUCUCAUGCUUGGAAACAGUUCUAUAGUUCUUCCCUUGCCCACACAACCUGCAUUGAUGCAAUGGAGUGUUGUAGAAUCAAAUGAACCGCUUUCUUCAGUUAUUGAGGCUGUUGCUUUCGAGAAUACAAGGUGAGAGAGAAUUACGUCUGUCAAUGGCCUUGUAAUUCCCCGGUCUAAUUAGUUGCUAAUCGCUCUGUAAAGGAAAUGCCUCGUGGAGGUCCUGAGAGCAUUCUUCCUCGAAGAAAUUUUAUCAUCACAGCAAGUAAUUAGAUUUCUGCAGCUAUUCUUAGCCAGAAAGACUGUGCCCUCGGAGAUAUGCUUGGCGCUCUGGCAUACGAUUAAAACGACUGAAACUUAAUGUGGUCAACCUCAGGUAUUUGUAAUAAACGAAGCUCAAGCUCCAGCCAUGGCUAUACCGACUUGAACAAGUGUAACAUGAGAACGCUUGUUUAAAAGAAACAUAAA